AUCCCUAUGACAUUAACCAUUAGCCUAACAAAAACACAAUUUGUUUUUAAAUAUGCGUUUACUAAAAUUAUAAUUAAAAAAAUGUUUAAAAAGCUAAUGUUAAAAAUGCCAACGAAUAUAUUACAUUUAAGGUCUUACAGCUCCGACACUGUAAUAAUUGAAAAGAUCGGAUAUAUUACCACAAUAGGAAUUAAUAGGCCUGAAAAACGUAACUGUGUGGAUAGUAAUACAGCGAAAAUAUUAGAAAAUGCAAUAUCUGAAUUUGAAAAAGAUAAUACAUCACUUGCAGCUGUAUUAUACGGAACAGGAGGGAAUUUUUGUGCUGGACAUGAUUUACAAGAAAUAGUAGAUUUGCAACAUAAUAAAAGCAAUUGGGAGCUGAGCAUGCUACCUUCCAGGAAAUAUGUUAGUAAACCUAUGGUUGCUGCUUUAAAUGGUUUUACUGUAGGUGGUGGUUUUGAAUUAGCUUUACUUUGUGAUUUAAGAGUCAUGGAAGAAACAGCAGUCAUGGGAUUUUAUGGUAGAAGAUUUGGUAUACCCUUAACAGAUGGAGCAACAGUUAGAUUACCAGCUAUGAUAGGCUUAUCCAGAGCAUUAGAUCUAAUUUUAACAGGAAGGACUUUAACAGCAAAAGAAGCAUUUGAUUGGGGAUUGGCAAAUAAAUUAGUUGCUUGUGGAACAUCCCUAGGUCAAGCAAUUCAACUAGCUACAUGUCUAAUUAAGUUCCCACAAGAUAGUUUGAAAAUUGAUAGAACUUCUACUUACAAUGCAUCAUUUAACCAAGUUUAUGAUGAAUUAUUAAAAUAUGAGAAGGACAAUUCAAAAAAAGUUAAAUUAUCAGAUUUAGUAGAAGGGGCAAAGAAAUUUUUAAGUGGAAUUGGAAAACAUGGCAAAACCUAUAAUAUUACUGAAAAAGAGAGUCUUGAAUGGGAAAAUGAAUUUACUAAUACAGCAAAAAGUAAAUUGUAAAUAUGUAAUAUACUGUAAAUAUUUUCCAGAGAUUUUAAACUAAAAUAUAUUUUAAUGUAUUUAAAUCAGUUAGCCCGGUGGCCACUUCAUCUGACGGCCACCCAAAACAUGAAUAUGUAAAUGGUAAACGGACUGGCUUCCUUCCUUUCCAUUAUUGAUUACUAUACGAUAGCCUUUCGGCAACCUCUUUGCUGCUAAAUCUUUAGCAGUUAAUAAUAAGUGACCAAGAAGCUUAAAGACAGCAAUUAAUUAGGAAAUUUUACAUUAGAGUUGAAAAAGUAUACUUCUUUAUGGUUUUCUUCACAUUUUUCAAUCAUUGGAAUUCUUUUCUUUGGUAUAACAAGAAAGUGAACUGGAGCCUGAGGAGCAACAUCAUUAAAAGCUAGACACUGUUCGUCUUCAUAAAUGAUAUCGGCUGGAAUCUGUUUAGCUAAUAUCUUAUCAAAUAUAGUUUCAGCGUUUUUAUCGUA